GAAUGUAAUGCCGACUAAUAAGGAUAUAUUUAUUGAAGAUGCAGGAGAGUCUUAUAGAGUAAUGACGCUCGUUGAUUUUCGAGAGCUUCGCGAUCUAGCGUUAUCUAAUUCUCCUUCAUGGACCACGCAUCUUUCUGGCAAGAUUCUUGUGCAAUCAAAGCCGUCAGACGAUAAAACAAGCAAACUAAAUAUAAUACGAGGCAAAGGAAUUAUGGAGCGUGUUCCUCCAGAUGUGUUAUAUAAUCAACUACACGAUUCUAGCUAUCGUGCGGUUUGGGAUUCAAAUAUGCUCGAGAGCUGCAACGUUGUCAAGCUCAACUCUCACAACGAUAUAGGGUACUACGCGGCGAAGUUUCCUUGGCCGUUAAAGAACCGUGAUUUUUGCAAUAUGCGCUCCUGGAUGGAGUUCACAAACGGUGAAUUCAUCAUUUUUAACCACUCCGUAACACACAAUAAGUGCCCUGUGAAGAAGGGCUUUAUUCGCGCGAAGUCUAUUUUGUCAGGCUAUUAUAUACGACCGCAUAAUGAUGGAUCGGAGUUGAUCUACGUAACCCAUUCCGACCCAUGCGGUUCCAUUUCGCACGCGAUUAUCAACUUUUUCAUGACUAAAGGAGCGCCUAUGCUGCUCAACAAUUGCGAAAAGUCCUCGGAGAAGUAUCCGGAGUUCGUCGCCACGACUUAUCCUCCAGGAUAUCAAUACCCCUGGUCGACACCUAAGAUGGAUUGGGAUAGCGAGCUGCUCUAUCCAGAAGAUGAACCUGUUAUUGUGGUAGGUAGCUCGGAAAAGCCCUCAGAGGAAUCAACGGAUGCGAAUUCUAGAACUGAAUACGAAGCAGAGAUUGUUAGCAAAGCUAGUACGCCUUCUCAUUGCGUCGUCGAUAGCAAAGUCAUUGAGGUUCCGUCAAGUUCCUUAGCGGCGAUGCCAUCGACUUCUUGUGAAGAGCCCGUUUCUUUUCAGCAGUAUCGAGCGCUCAUGCAAGAUGCGCUAAUCGUAGUAGAUCAAUACUUUCUCCGGGAGAAGCGCACUCCGAGUACGCGUGAUUACAUUAUUCGACUGAUGAGUAUCAUUGAUGAGUUUCGAAAUGUUACCGAGGCGACAUAGUUCUGGAAGGCGGUGGGACAUGCCCCCCAAAGCGGAGGUAAGACGUUUGCUGAGUUGCUAUUUCUAUCGAAAUCACAAAUAAAGAGAGGUUUAUUCGUAUACUGUGCUCUAGUAAGAUUUUCAAUAUAUAUAUAUAUGAAAUCUAAUCUAUUAUUAUCAAAAUAAAUAGUUUAUCAACGUUUCAAA